AUGUGGAUCCGGGGUGGGUACUGCAGCCAAGGACAGGUACAGGUUGAAGAUGUCCGAGAAGAUGCCCGCCAGCUGAUCAGCCCACACUCUGAGCAUGCGGACAAAUAUUCUAUCUUGGCCAACGGCUUUCUGUGUGAUGUUGUUUCAGUGCUGGCUGCAGCUUGCUGUACACUAACGGAUGGAGCAAUUAGCAUCACGUGUGAAGGCUCUGAUGCUUUACUGCAAUGUGAUGGAGGUAAGAUUCAAAUCAAGCGUGCCAACUAUGGUCGUCGUCAACACGAUAUGUGUUCCAUUGGGCGCCCCGAUAACCAACUCACCGACACCAACUGCCUCAGCCAAUCCACCACCAGCAAGAUGGCAGAAAGGUGUGGUGGGAAGACCCAGUGUGUUGUCCCGGCAUCCAAUUUCGUUUUUGGAGACCCCUGUGUUGGGACUUAUAAGUACCUGGACAUCAAAUACUCCUGUGUCCAACAGCAAGAAACAAUAAGCAGCAUCAUAUGUGAAGGCUCUGAUUCUCAACUACUAUGUGAUCGGGGUGAGAUCCAUAUUCAGCGUGCCAACUACGGUCGUCGUCAACACGAUGUGUGUUCCAUUGGGCGCCCACAAAACCAACUCAAAAACACCAACUGCCUCAGCCCAUCCACCACCAGCACAAUGGCAAAAAGGUGUGACGGAGAGCGCCAGUGUAUCGUCAAGGUAUCCAACUCCGUGUUCGGCGACCCCUGUGUCGGAACCUAUAAGUACUUGGAUGUGGCUUACACCUGUUACUGA